UAUUUUCUUUAAUGUGUGUGUUACGAGGAAUACGAAAAAAUCUGAAAAACUGAAACUCAAUUGUCUAGAUGAAAGAAAACAAUAAACAGGAAUAAUCAAAAACCACCGAGGAUAUUCCAAUGAUUUGAAUCAACUAGUGAGAUGUCUCGUUAUAUUAAAAACGACAUCACAAUAGCGAUUAUUUACGAGAAUGGAGGCGUUGGUUGUCAAUGGAAGAAUUUCAUGGAAGAAAUGUUCACAGUGGAUCUGCCUGAACAAUGCAGAGACCUUGGAUUGGACAUUAAAACAGUGAGCGUCGAUAGUUUGGAUGAUGAUGAUAUUUCCAACAUUGAUUGUUGCGCAUGGAAGUUGUUCUUAUUCUCAUAUGAUAUGAUGAAGUGUCUUGCUGAUAAUGAGUCGAGGUUAUCACAGAGCAACCUCCUCAAUACAAGAUCAGACCGGAACAUCAUUUUAAUACUGGGAGAUGAAAACGAUCUCGAGUUUGUGGGAGAAGUGAAGAGAUCAUUAUGCAUAUACCCUGAAUUCACAUUGUUCCACCUUGUACGCGCCACAAACCCCGGGAAAAUAUUCACAGAUAUUAUGGAGGUUGUUUCGCCGAUAUGUGUCGUGUUUCAUCCUAAUAUACUUUCAUGCGAGGACCUGGACCAACACAUCACCCUCAUAGCAAACAAACCUUACCCUUCGUCAACCAACAUAAAGUUUAUGGUUGAGUUUAAAGGUGGGAGUAAUGUUGAGGAACACCAGGCAUCAUUGUUCAACCCGUGCACCUUGCUGCUCAAGAACCCAGGUUGCAGCCCCGGAAUGAUGGAUGUCACAUUAUACACGGUGGACAACGAUAAUGACACAAAAAAGACCAAGAUAGGAGAGAACAUGAAUGUCUGGUUCCAGUCAGACUUGGAUAAAAUCCAUUCAGCUUUGGAGAGAAAUUCCAACCCGUUUGCUUUCCUUUGCCAAGCCUUGAAUAUUAAUGUUAACAACAAUAAGGAGGCUUCAGAUGCUGUUGAUAACCCGUACGAGCGCACUUUAAACCCUCCCCCAGGGUAUGUACCGAUGAAGUCAUUAUUCCAACCAACGGUACCAGUAGACUACGACCAACCGUUCAUAAUCCCGAUACCGAUUAUUGAAGAUUCUCCAACUUACGACUCAAUGCUCAAACAAAUGCUCGAAUCGCACGAAUGCGAGGAGGAUAUUUACAUGUCUAUAAUGACGCAACCGCCUUUGUCAGAAGCUCCCAUUGUUCCUCCUCGAGAUACGAGGAGGUCUAUGGAGGAGGAGGAGAGAGUGGGAGCAGGAGGAGCGGGAGCAUUAGUAGGAGGAGUGGGAGGAGUAGGAGCAGGAGCAGGAGGAGCAGAAAGAGUUACAUACGGGACUUUGUCGAUUCCGAAGAUUCAUUCAUUAUUAAGCCCGGCACAGCAAGAACUUAUCCAACUUCAACAAAAAGUGAAAAAUAAUGAACUUACAACGAACCAAGCGGUAUUAAGGUUUAAGGAAUGGGAACGCAAACACAAGGAACAAGCCGCAUCGUUCCAGUUUCAACAAGAAUGUUUACAACGCGUUCGAUUGAGUUUGAUUAAAAGUAGGGAAGAAAAGCGAAGCAAAGGUGUAAGCGAUGUUGUUGAAAUAUCGGGUCCCAUAGUGGCCGGGUCGUCAACUUAUGAUCUUGUGUUGCGGAAAACUAACGAUGGAGAUCCAAGUGAAGUUAUCUAUGGGAGUACUACGGUAAAAAAAGAAACUAAGGAAAAACCUCCAGAACCUGCACCUCGUGUCAUUCGACCGACAGCCAACUUUGGUUCCUCCCAUAUUGAAAGUUUCAACUCAAUGGUGAGUGCAUACCUCAUGCUCGCUGUCGAGUUAUAAUAUGGGUGUCUUCUU